CACGUGCGUGAAACCGGCUUGACUUUUCCUCUCAUCUGGCCAAAUUCUUCAGGCUGGCCGGAGGCUUGCACUCAUUGAACCGUGCUCUCCGUAAACCCUCUACAUGUCAGAGAAUGAAAGGCUUCCGCAGGAGCUCAAGGAUGCGAUCGUUGGCUGCAUAUACGCUUCUGGCGACACUCGGUCAUUGGCGACCUGCGCGCUCGCUCACAGGUCCCUCUGCCAAACGAGCCAGAUCCUCCUCUUCCGCGACGUAACAAUACGCGGACCCGCCUCCGCCUCAUGUCUGCUUCGCACACUGCAAGAUCGUCCUCACCUCGGCGCCUACGUGCAUAGCCUCUGCGUGGAGGAGCUCGAGCGCGGCAAUCAGUGGAUCUAUCGAGAUGAAUCACUCGCCGGGAUACUCGACAAGACGCCCGAAGUGCGGGAGCUGUACCUCCACCCCUCCUCCGUAUACUAUGGCGCGCUCACCGAAGAGACGCGCGUCGCCCUCUCGAAGGCGAUAGUGCGGCCCUCAUUGCGUACGCUCAGUCUCGCGUGCAUCAUCGCCCUCCCCAUGAUAUUCUUCAAGCACCUCUCGCAUAUACGCGAUCUGCGUUUGUCCUGGAUGCUAUUGCAGGACGUGGUGGUCCCGCAAACUUCGGCGCCGGUUGAACUGACCGAUCUCACGUUGUCCCUGAGCGGGUCGAACUUCAUGAUAUUCUCGCUAUUCUGCUGGAGGGAGAGCAACCACAUGUUCGGGAUCGAUAAUCUGCGGAGCUUGCGCCUCGAGAUAGACUCGAGCCAUGGGUGGCAGGAAGAUGCCGCUGACAUCGUGAUGCAUUGCUCAAAGACGCUGCAAAGUCUUGAACUCGCGUGCCUGGGAAGCAUGGACUUCCUCAUCCGGCAUAUGCACAUUCGGGGCAAACUUCCUCGCCUGAGGCUGCUCGCCCUACGUGACAUCAGCAUGACCUACAUCGAUACCUUCGGCAGUCUUGACUGGCUGCAACAACUCCUCGCCCUUACCCCUGGCGUCACCGACAUUGCCAUUCAAGUAACGAUGAACAGGCAUCCGCUUUCUCUCCUAUCUAGGAUACUUGCGCCAGUGAGAGGUAUUCUCACUGGCGACAACGCACCCAGCACACUUCGGUCUAUCAGCUUUACUCUCUCGGGAUGCCACCCGUUCGAGGAGGACAAGUUGAAGGAUCUGGGCGACUUGAAGCGAGGCGUACUAGCUCCACUGGCGGAGAAGGUAGAUGUGACGAUUGGGCCUACGUUCACAUAUCGUGACGUGGAACCGCCAUUGCUAUCUCUUGACCUUUUAGAUGAGUGAUGAUUGGGUUCUCUUAUAACAAUUUGAUGUAUGCACGCUGCGCGUUGCCAAAAUUCCUGUCGAGUUCUCGCGAGUACGGGGCCAGGAUGUAUAUUGACCGGUCUUGUAGACUGCGUCAGGACAGUCUGUCUCUUUCUCAUUACCAUGCCAGACUGCCUUCGUCGCCUCCGUGGCCGGCUUACUAGGUCGAGGGUCACAUGUUGGUCCGUCGUAUUGAAGUUCGGCUAUCGCCGAACGGCGCGUGCUGACUUGCCGGACCCGCGCAGAGCCCGCUUGCCUCCUCGCAUCAUCUCAU